AUGAAUGCUGGUGUUACUGGAAAAAGACUGCCGUUUGAUAAUAAAAGGAAUAGAAGGUUAAAAAAAAGAGCUCAAAGCAAUACACUCCAUGAUAAAAAUCAUAUUUACUCAAAUGAAUUGAAAGGUAUAAUUGAUGCAGGAGGUAAUGGUGCUAGAGACCAACAUGAUACGGCUAAUAAUAAACCAACGAAGGAUUUUAUCAAAGUAGUUUUCGAUGAGCUGAAUCAUUCAUUGAAUAUAAAUGAAGUCGAGGAAGAUGAAGAAGAUUUACUACAAGAUGAAUACGAAUUGGAACAAUUGAUUAAUAUGUUCAAAAUACCUUUAUUUUUGGAGAAAUUCGUGUUAUUCACGUUAUUAGCAUCGUUAGAUUGUUUCUUAUAUUAUUUUACAAUCCUACCAAUAAGAAUAUUGCAUGGCUUAAUCACCAGGAAUAAAUUGAAGAAUAAUAGAGCAUCACGGAUCAGUAAAGAACGUUUAAUUGUUUUUAUUAUUGUAGUGGCAUCGUUGAUCUUAACAAAACUCGAUACUUCAAAAGUGUAUCACUUAAUUAAAAGACAAAGUUCAGUCAAACUAUACAUGUUAUACAAUGUGUUAGAGAUGUCAGAUAAAAUGUUAUCCUCCUUUGGUCAAAGUUUAUUAAAUGUCGUCCUUUCAAAAAAGUACAAUGCAUAUAAAGGUACCCCCAUACAACAUAUUUUUUUCAUUAUUAUCAGUAUUGUUUAUUUAGUGAUCCAUGGUUACAUAUUGGUUUACCAAACAGUUGCACUAAAUGUUGCAAUCAAUUCAUAUUCGAAUUCAUUACUGACUUUACUGUUAUCCAUUCAAUUUGCAGAAUUGAAGAGUGCCAUUUUUAAAAAAUUUGAUAAAGAAGGUUUAUUCCAGAUCACUAUAGCAGAUGUUGUCGAGAGGUUUCAAAUUAUAGUCAUUUUAACCAUCAUUUCCGUAAGAAAUCUAGUUGCUAGAUAUGGGUCUUCUGGUACCAUAUUGCCUACCUCGUGGACCUUGCAUAGUACAACGAGUACCACUGCUUCAAUCAUUAUUGGCGCAUUAUGUGGACCGAUGGUUUCUGUUAUUGGCAGCGAAUUGAUUGUAGAUUGGGCCAAACAUGCAUAUAUUAAUAAGUUCAACAGAAUAAGGCCAACCAUUUACGAAAAAUUCUUCGUAAUCACUUACAGAAGUUAUAUAUCUGGAAUACAAAAAUAUCAAGAUAGAUUAGGGUUACCUUUGCAUGCAUAUACCGUCUUGUCACUGGUAAUGGUACCUCGUACAAUUAUACAGGGUUUGAGAGCAUCAAAUUACCAUGGUACUCAAAUAUUCAUUGUGGCAACGCUCAUCUUCAUUUUUGUGAUGGGUAUUCUAAUUGUGAUGAAAUUAUGUGUAUAUUCAAUCCUUACCAAAUGGGGGACAGAGAUUAAAAAAUCAAUGAGGAAAAGACAUAACUCAGUUACAGAGAAAUCAUACGUACCUGGAAUAUUGAGUAGUGGUAUGUCUAAACUAGAUUCCCCAACUCUAGAUGUUCUUCAAUCGAAAAUGACAAAGAUACAUCCGUCUCCAAAGAUAUCAAAAAACACGUACAUUCACGAUAAUAAACUCAAGUCAUUGAAUGAUGAACGAAAAAGGAAAGAUGAGGAGAACCCAAAAUCACUAGAACAAGUUACUAGAUUUAAGAUGGUCUCAAAACAAAUAUGGUGA